ACACGUGCCGAUAAAAUGAUUGGGGUUCCACUUCCAGUUCAGAGUUCCAGAACCAGACUGCGCGUAGAGACGAACAUGAGCGAUGUGGGGAAGAUGAUCGCCAUUGGCGUCGUUUGGGGCGUUACAAACGCUAUAAUGCGCCGGGGUGCGCUUAUUUGGGACAAGAAGCUCCAAUCUCCUGCAACAAAUCCUGCGCAGCAUCUUCAACUCCAUCAACAGCUACUUGGGCAUUUGAAAAAUUGGCUAAAUCUUCUGUUUAUCUGGCAGUACUCGAUCCCCUUCUUCGUAAAUCUAUCGGCCUCCGCUGCUUUCUUCGUCAUUUUGAGUGAGAGCCCGAUUUCGCUAGCCGUUCCCGUGACCAAUGCAACAACCUUCGCGGCCACUGCGGUAUCGGCCAUGCUCCUGGGCGAGGAGACUCGUAUUGGGUUUGCUUUUUUUGCAGGUCUACUUGAGGCACACUGUCUAAUGCUGAAAGGACCAUUCCAUUUACAAGCUCUUGCCUCGAAUUUUUGGAAUCUAGCUAUGAAGGGUGCACUGGUCCAGUCAAUCUUUACAAGACCUCCUCUGGGUUCCUAGUCAUCA